CGUGCUCGAAUUUUCAGUCUGUGACGGUAAUCGAAGCGAACUGGACGUGCCGCGAGCAAAGCUGCUGAAUUUUAAAGCAACACUGGCGUUAUCUUGCAACACCACCUAAACAUCGCGUACAUAAAUUGUGACCGACAAACCAAAACAAAAGAAAGAUGAACUGAUGGCAGCUAAUACAUAUAAUGGCCAUGGCAUCUUCCGUCAACCGUCCACACCGUUUGUGACAAAGUCCUUGAAAAAAUGUGGCAAGCAGCAAAAGAAAUGAAACGCGCGUGUGCGGAAUUGCCUAUCAGUGUAUGUUAAAUCGGUAAUGCUACAACAACAACAGCAACAAUAAAUAACAACAAAAACAAAUUUUAAAAAAUACAAGAAAUUUUCAUGCAACAAAUGUUCGCAAGUGCAGACUUUAAUGUUACGCUAAUGUUUGCUCUUGUUCAACGGUAUAGAAAUGCUAAAUAAAUAUAAUUUAUGUUAACUAAGCGCGUGUCAAUGUAGUUUUUUGAUGAGCCACAGCAAAGUUUAACAUUCAACUAGAAGCUCGGCGGCUAAUGCAACACAACAAUGAAAUGCCUGUUGUCAACAUGGCCGCGAGUAGAGUGGAUAUCAACAAAUUAUUGUUGUCAGCAAACGAAAUCGAAAGUGAAUUGUGCAGCAACUUCAAAUCGGGCAACGAAAAUCAAACAAAGCACAAAAUGCCAAUGGAUUGGACAAUACAGACAUUUGCUUGCGAGCGCAAUCAGCCAUCGGCAGAACAAAUGUAUUACAAGGAACCGAAACGACUGUCAAAAGUGUCACCCAUUACGCAUGAAAGUGAGUCAGUUGCUCAUCGCGCUUUUACUGGCCUUGCUGUUGGUGUUGCAAGCUGAAGUUGUUGUUGGGACGUUGGCGAUUGCGGAGGUGGCGACAACAUCUACGACAGCCACAUCUGUCAAUUUUAAAAGUAUUAUACGCAUCGGCGACGGCAAUAUUGUUACCAGAGACGCUAUUGAACAGUCGCUUGUAACGGUACAUGAUAUCGCCACCGAAAAUUUGGGCACCUUAUGCAUCUCUACGCUAUACCGCCCUUUGCAAGUGCCAAUUAAUUCCGAGCGUUUUGAAAGCGCACGACAAAAGGCCGAUUUAGUGGCCUCAAUACUGCAGGAAGUUGGGAUUGUACGACAUGGUGGUCUCAGUGAUGCAUUGGCUAAGGGCUUACUUAGUGACGACUCCACUACUGGCGCUAGAAUAUUAGCGCUAAACCUUACUAAUGGCGCCGUGCAGUCGUAUGUUUGGUGGGUUAAAAGUUAUCAUGAGAAGACUGGCGAGUUGCAGCGCUACGAGGAAGAUGGCUUACAGAUUGGAAAGAAGCCGAUUCAAAGUUAUCCAUGGUUCGACGAUGAGAACACAUCGCCAACUUUACGCUCGCCCAAAUUUGCACCGAGCCCACCGAAUAUGUAUUAUAAAGGAUGGUGGACAUUUCCCUAUUUCUCCUGUACAUUAAGUAAAUGGAUACUCUCCUAUAGUAUCGCAAUACCACCGAGUGGACGACACGGUUUACGUGGCUUCAUUAGUAUCGACAUCGAUGUAACCGGUCUGAGGGUCAAUCAGUGUGAAGCUCCCAUUUUUCGUUUAAGUUUCCAGCAAAUGCAAAAUCGACGACUGCACCUCACCGAUACACCAGCUCCCGAAUCCAUAGCGGAUAUACAAGCGUUUCAUGGUUCACACAAAUGUCACCGUGAUACUAUGAAGUGCGACUAUCGCGUCCCCAGCACGGAGACGCCGACAAUAACCACUAGCAAAAUACUCUCCACACCAAAUAGCUGGUCACGUGGCGCUUAUCAGUGCCUUUGUCGGCGCGGUUUCUACUCGAUGCGACAUCCCGACGGUUUUAAUGGCACCAUUAUGGAGAUCGCUUGGAAGGAGCAUCAAGAGAAUGUGAGCAAUUAUUAUGCAGACGUCUUUACUUGUCUGCAAUGUGAGCCCGGCUGUGAUUUCUGUACGGGGCCCGAGCCAUGUUUAGCCAACUACAAUUGGCCUUUUAGAAUAUCGCUUUUAGUAAUAUCAAUAGGCUGUGCCAUUGGAACUUUCGUGCUGGCAGGCUACCUUUUUCAUCAUCGCAAAGUAAAAGUUUUCAAAGUGGCCAGUCCAAUAUUUUUACUAAUUACACUGAUUGGAUGUGCCAUAAUGUAUUUAGAGAUGGUGGCCAUUUUCCCUUAUUUAGACAUGACAUGGUGUAUCGUGACAAAGUGGACUCGUCACAUGGGAUUUUGUAUCACAUACACAUCUCUGCUAAUGAAAACGUGGAGAGUUUCUCUCACGUAUCGCGUUAAAUCGGCACACAAAGUGAAACUCACCGAUCAACAACUUUUACAAUGGAUGGUGCCGAUACUGUUAGUAAUGCUUAUCUAUUUGGGCACUUGGACGAUCUCAGCCACUCCGUAUGCCGAAGUGAUAUACGACCAGGGCGGUUUGAAGUUCAAGCAGUGCUCAUACAAUUGGUGGGACCAUAGCUUGGCCAUCGGCGAAGUGCUCUUUCUGGCUUGGGGCAUACGUGUCUGCUACAAUGUUCGCAACGCAGAAUCAUUGUAUAAUGAAGCGCGUCUUAUUUCCUAUGCAAUUUACAAUAUUGCCAUUGUUAAUAUAACCAUGGUCGCAUUCCAUCUUUUCAUAUUUCCAAGAGCUGGACCAGAUAUUAAAUAUCUUCUCGGCUUCAUACGUACUCAAUUUUCUACAACAACAACAAUUGCUCUGGUAUUUGGUCCGAAAAUCUCACGUGUUCUCAAAGGGCAAGGUGACAAAUGGGAUCAGAAGGCCAAAGUACGCAGUAUAACUGCAUCGUUUUCAUUGAAUGGCGUUGGCCUGGUGCCCGAAGAGUCUCCUGACUUGUAUCAGGAAAACGAAGAAUUGAAGGAACAAAUCCAGAAGUUGGCACAUCAAAUUGAGUUCAUGAAGACUGUGCACAUGCAAAUGAAUAAUCGGCAUUUAAAACCGAAACCCGGUGGCUAUUUCACUAUAACAUCGACUUCAUUGCAGGCGCCGUUCAGCAAAAAUACGAUGUCAUCCGCCCAAACACAAACUUCUAAAGGCACUGAGGACUCUCUUGGUGGCAAUAAAAAUUUGGGCUUCCCCACCCAUUUAACACCGUCAAAAGCCCGAACGAAUAAGGAGAAAGUUUGACGAGAUCAGCGAAGUGUAAAAGAUUGCUCAACUGAAUUUAAUUUUCAACACUCAAUCGAUAGUCAUAGCGGUGAAUACUCACCACACUCAACACCUUCCAUAACACACCCACCGCCAACGCUCGGUCAAGCCGAGCACGAUCUACUCAAACAGUUUGCUUUGCUCUUUGGCCCCGACGCCGAUGUCAAUACAUAUUAUAUAUUAGAUUCAGAUAUUGAUGGAGAUGACGAAGACACUGGCGUUAACAGUUCGGCAGCCAAUGUGCAUAUCGAACAGACGAUUGCCGAAAUUAAUCAGAUAGGUUCACCUUUGGAAACCAGCCGUACAACGCCGACAAAGAGUGUAACCAGCUCAAUGACAAUUUCACCAGAAUCACCAUCGUUUACAGUUAAUGAGGCGCAUCUACCGCAUAUACCAUCUUCAUCUACAUCCAGCUCAUCCAUGUACGCUAUACGCACACCAUCACCGAUUCGAUUUCGUUUAUUGGAAUCGCCAUGCUCCGAUAUCGACGGUAUCACCCUUACUGAGAUGGUGGAAGUACAUUAUCCGCCGAUGAAAGCACACGACGUAAGAGUGAAUAUGGAGCAUUUACUGGUUGAAGGUCAAACUGAGGUUGGCGUCAAUGUCACAGAUGAUUUUCUGAGUCAAAAUAAUAAUACAUCCUGUUCUAUGUCAUCCACCCUAACAGAUAGCAAAACUGUUGAUGUACGAACACCGAUAGUGGUUUAAGCAUGUGUUAAAAAUAUGUAUGUAUGUUUGAAUGUGGUAUCCAUGGUAUUUAAUUGGGCUUAAGUUGGUAGUGGUCACAUUCAUGUGCUUGUACCCAAGCAAGAUUAUUUGAAGUGCAACAAACCACAAAAACAACCAAAAAUCUAUAAAAACAACAAAGCUAAUUGUGGUAAAUGAGGCGCAAUGUAUGUAUAAGAUUCAAAAACCUAGCUUCGUAGUUCGUUGUUAAAAAGUAUGCAGGCUUAUAAAUGUAAUUAGGUGACGAGGUUAAACUUAACAAAAAAAAUUAUUACUUUCUAGGGUCGUACGGCAUACGAUAGCAGAAUAUCUUAAGGAGUCAUUUGCUUAGUCAAGGUAUUUCUAAAGCUACAUAUUCUUACGGAAGCCAUUUAGAUGGCGCCUAAGGCUCAGUUAGUGUGUAAAGAUUAGGCGUAAGAAGACCCCAAGCGUACUAAUUAAUGGAGAACAGAAUUAAAUUUCUUCAUUUAUUGGCGAGUUCCACAGUUUUCAGACGUAGGGUGACUCUUCCCUAACUUUGUUGGCGAGAACUUGCUUUUGUCAACGGAUGACCAAUAUUUUGGCCUUUUCCACCGAGGGUUACUAUUAAAACUGUCGGCUUUAUAUAAAAAAGGUCUUCAGGUCCAACGUAGUCUGAUCAUCGAAUAGAAUUUCAACGCGAUAAUUAUCCUCCUUCGGAUAAGGAAUCUAAAGUCUGUCAAACCAGCUGUAAUUAUAGCAAGUAUUGACGUUAUAAAAAAAGAACGGAAAAUUUUAAGAAUAUUAACGCAGCUGCUGAAUUAAAAAAAAAAAUUGUUAGGUUAUAAAAAAUAGUAUGAGUAAAGGGAUUUAGUGAUGUGUAGAAAAAUUAUAAUGCUAUUAGUUUUUGAGGGCAUAAAACUCUUUAGAGUCAAAAAGUUAAACACGGCUUGCUUGUUAGUUCACAGAUACAAGUAUUACUACUUGGCCUCUUUUACCAUAAAUUGCUUUGUUAUUACUGUUAUACUUUGUAAUUUACUCUACUCGACUUUGCUAUAUUAAUUUAGUAAAUUUAUAUCUGUAGAGAUACUGAGGAAAUAUUGUUUAUUGGCUUGGUUCUAGCGCUUGGACUCUUUAGAAUAUUUUGUACAUACAUAUGUAAAUUUAUAUACAUAUUUAUGUAUGUAUAUAAAAUACAUAAAGCCUUUUCUCUGAUUUCCCAAUAAAUUUGGAGGCACAAAGGAAAAAUAAGACUCUUUACGGUCGAUUGAAAGCGUUUAAUACUGGCCACAAAUUUAUCAUUGGCUAAAGUCCUGACCAGGGUUGCAGAUAAUGCAAUAAAAAAUUAAUUGAAUUUAAAUUUGGAAUAAUUUUUAUUUUUUUUAAUUUUGUAAUCCCGAAAGCCUUAAUAAUAACAAUUUUUAAAUUUUUAAAACCCAAAUACCGGAUUUAAAAUAAAAGAAAAUAAUUUUUAAUUUCAAAAUUCGGAUUAAAAUUUAUGUUUAAUUAAUCUCGAUCACCAGAAAGAAAAAAAGAUUAAUAGCAAAAAUUUAAUUAAAAACCUAUAUAUUUUUUUUUAAAUCUUAAAUACCGGUUUGAAAACGAAAAAAAACUUCUUAAAUUCCAAAAUUAACAUAAAACAUUAAAAAUAAUUUUUUUUAGAAUUAAAAUUUUUUCGUGCUUUUUUACCUCGUGUUCUACCAUUUUUGUCAUCUUUUGAAAAAAAGUUUAUUUUUAAUAAAAUAUCCUUAUAGUAUAACUGCUUUUAAUUAUAGUAUAUAUGUAAAUCUUUUUUUAUAUUCCUUUUCAUUGCAGCUUUUAAUUUGAAAAAUAAUUUUUUUAUUUGUUACUCAACUUUUAAAUUUUAAAAUAGUUUUUCAAUUUUUAUGCAAGAUGUUGAAGAUUAAAAAAUAAAUUUAAAAUUUUUAUUAUUAAAUAUUAAUUAGUCCCAAACAUGAAAAUUGAAUUUUUAACCCCAAAAUAUCAAAAUUAGAAUUAAAAAUUGAAAUUUUACUUUUUAAUCGCGAACAUCUUGAAAAAAAUUGAGAAAAUAUUUUUAAAAUGAAAAGUUAUAAAAAAAUUAUUUUUCGAAUUAAAAAAAAAAAAUCAAAUUAAAUUAAAAUCAAAUUAUCCAAAAUCGUAAUUAAAAAUUGGAAACUUAUUUUAAAUUAAAAAUGUUGGCUUAAAAAUAUUCGCAACCCUGGUUCUGACCGCAGAAAUAACCCAAAAAUGCAAUUAUCAUGACUUUUCUCUUUUGCAUUACCGGCUCUUUAAAAUUAUUUGUUUCUAGAAUUUUAUGCGUUUUAUGAAAAAUACUAUGGACUGUCAAGAUUUACAAUAUUUUGUAUUAUAUAUAAUAUUUAAUUUUUGUAAUUUUUAUUUACCUUUCUAACAAAUUUAUAAAUUUUAAGUAUUUUGAAAGCAAAUGUAAACCAAAUCUAUGCUCGCAAUACAUACAGAUGAAUAUGUGUAUUGAUAUAUUGAUUAUCUGCUUAUAAUUAUUUUAUAUUUAUGUAUGUAUGUAUGUAUAUAAAAGAAGGCAUUUGCUUAAAAUAGUUAAUUAUGAAUGAAAAGUGUAAGCACGUUGGGCAAUUUUUUUCACUUCGUUGAAAAAGAAACGUAAUGCGAUAAAUAAAAGUUAGAAAUAUGCAAUUUCUUUAGAAUGAGUAACGGUAUAGAAUAAGCUAGUUUGCAAAUUGUACGAUAUUUUCUUUGAUUAAUUUUUAUCAAUAUUAAACUUAUCUCAAUACUGCACUUUCAAUAAUUUCCUUCCUUAAAACGCAAACAUUUUAAAUUUAACUUUGCAUAAAGAAGUUUGAGUAUAGUAAAUAAGUAAGAUAUGCCUGUGUCUGCAUAAAACAGGACAUGUGUGUUAAAUUAAAUUGUUUGUAAAUGUAAGCAUUUGAUGUACAAUACCAACUGACCAAUAAACUCGAAUGAAAAGAAGAAUAAUUGUUAACAGUUUUGAAAAAAUAAAUAAAUAAAGCUAAUAAUAAUAUAAAUGGUA